UAGGGGAUUUCCCUUAAGCCAUAAACACAACAUGGUCAAUGGCGCUGAGCUGUACUGCACCAAAAACAUGAAGGUCGAAUCGGUUAUUUUAGUCCUGCUCUUCUAUUUUAUUAAUUGUAGUAGUAAUCAGAAAAUAAAACAUUACGAGAAACAAAGUUGCAGCAGACAUGGAUACUUUGCAACGCCCAUUACCUGCCCUGUCAACGAUGCCAGCCACGCCGGUGACGGAGCAGAGGAUGAUUUUGAUCAUUUUGAUUUUGAAUCUGAACAAGCUGACUAUGCAUUGGAAAUGGGCCACCAACAUUACCAGAGCAAGAAAAUUCGCAAUACUCUCAUCACGAGAUUUUCCCAGUGGCAUUUCCCCAGUAACCAUUUGCUGUUUGAUUCUUUUCCAAUUGACCCCAUGAAAGAGAAUUAUGUGAGGCAGGUGAAGAAUAUUAUCUUCUCUCAGGUUCUCCCAACUCCACUCAAGGACAAGGCAAAGCUUGUAGCAUACUCAGAAGAUGUGUUAGGCAGUCUACUAGACCUGCACCCCUUAGUGACAGAAGCUGAACCAUUUGUGGCUUUUGUUGCUGGAAAUACAUUUCUUGAUAAAUCCAUACCUUUAGCCCAUCGUUAUGGAGGGCAUCAGUUUGGUAGUUGGUCUGGUCAACUGGGAGAUGGCAGAGCUCACCUUCUUGGUGAAUAUAUCAACAGAAAAGGAGAAAGAUGGGAGCUUCAGCUGAAAGGUUCUGGUAAGACUCCAUAUUCCAGACACGGAGAUGGUCGAGCAGUACUUCGCUCCUCAGUAAGGGAGUUCUUAGGCUCAGAAGCUAUGUUCUAUCUAGGAGUUCCUACGUCAAGAGCUUUGAGUCUGGUUAUAAGUGAGGAUCCUAUAUGGAGAGAUCAGUUCUAUGAUGGUAAUCCAAGACAAGAGAAGGCAGGUGUGGUCCUGAGACUAGCGCCCUCAUGGUUCCGAAUAGGAUCUUUGGAGAUUCUCGCCAAGAAUGGAGAAAUCAACUUACUCAGAUCUCUGUUAGACUUCAUCAUUGUGCACCACUUUACAGAGAUUGAUUCGGAAUAUAAUGAUAGCUAUCUUGCAUUUUUCUCUGAGGUUGUCAAGCAGACAGCUUACAUGAUAGCAAAAUGGCAAUCUGUUGGUUUUGCGCACGGUGUAAUGAAUACAGAUAACUUCAGUCUACUUUCUAUCACCAUUGACUAUGGUCCAUUUGGUUUCUUAGAUGCCUAUGACCCAGAGUUUAUACCGAACACAUCAGAUGACGAGGGUCGUUAUAGUUAUGAGAAGCAACCUGAUGUGGGACUAUUCAAUAUGCAGAAGUUAGCAGAUGCUCUGACACCCCUGCUGUCUAUGAAUCAGAGAAAACAGUUGCCCACCAUCUCUUCUGGAUAUGUGGAUAUUUACAAGAAAAGAUUUAUGGAACUUUUCAAAAAGAAACUUGGACUUAUUGGAACAGAAGAACGAGAUGAAUACAUAGUAGCAAUGUUAUUAAAGAUGAUGGAGGACACUCACUCUGACUUCACCAUGACCUUUAGGCAGCUUGGGAUCAUCACCAUGGCAACGUUACAGUCCUCUUCAUGGGAUGCUACUGAGCUUUGGGCUUUGACAGAUCUGAGCAGACACAAGAUGUUUCCAGAUUGGGUCCGAAUGUAUGCAGAGAGACAAGAAGUGUUAAGUGUGGAAAAAGACUUGGAGAGGAGAAAAGGGAUGAAUUCUGUAAAUCCUAAUUAUAUUUUGAGAACAUGGAUGGCUCAGAGUGCAAUUGAAGAUGCAGAAAAGGGAGACUUUACUACUGUCAAGAAGCUACUACAAAUUCUGAGCAAACCAUUUGAAAAUCAACUAGAAGCUGAUGAAAGAGGCUACGCCAGCAGACCCCCAUACUGGGCAUCAGAUGUUAGGGUCAGUUGUUCAUCAUGACAGUAGUGAAAAGUGGAUAGAAUAAAUAUGGGAUGGUAUAUAUUGGUACAGGUUGGGAAGGGGGAGGAAAUAUGGACACCAUGCUUGUAGGUGGACCUUUAACUUUGGCCCUUCUUGCUACUUGUGCCCCCCCCUCCUGUUUCAAAAUUCUGGAUCUGCCACUGGUAUUCAGCUUGUAGUGACAGUGCCCCCAUUCCACCCACCACCAGGUAAAGCUCACACAGCAUUGUACAUUGGCUUUUUUUAUUAUACUGGAAUAUCAUAAGGCUAUUUAUUUUUUUUUUUUUAAUUGUCAGUGUUCAUAUAGAUGUACCUUUUUGUAUAUUAUUAGCUUAGGAAAGCUUAAAGACUGCCUUGUUACAUAAGAACUCAUCAUAAUUACAGGGUUCAUCAGAAUAUUAUUAAACAGAAGUAAUCAUUAAAAGAAUAUUUUAAUAGUAAGUCUUUAUGUAAAUGAGGAGCAGGUGCAUUCAAUUGUAGAUUUAGUUAGGGCCAACUCUUUUUAUUUUCGUAUGUGUUGGAUUGGGAAUAAUUGGAUAUUCUCCGUUCUAAGGCUUUCAAUAAUAUAUAGCUUGUCGAGGCAUUUUGUUGCCAACUAUCAAAUUUUAUAAUACUGUAAGCUAUGAUAUGUCAUGAAUCCAAUAUAGUGUAUCUAUAUAGGAUUUCAGGAUAUAAGGUAUUCGGUAGUUUAGGUCUGGACUCUUAUCUUUCAUUAGUUAUAGCCCUAAACAUUGACUAUAUGGGUCAAGCUGGCUGAUAAUAUGAAAAUGAGUAUCUGUUGCCUGAGGAAACAGAUUCAGCAGUUCACACCACCAUAUUGCAUGAGGAGCACAGUCCAUUGUUCAACAGUACAGCUUAUGACAAAAAAAGUAAAGAGUCCUGAACUAGACUAGGUUUAUGGUUAAGAAUAGUUCCUUAGCCACAUGGUUGAGGUCACUAAUGUGCAGAUUUUCCAUGUAAGCAAUUAUUGUUAAAGGAAAUCAGCCGAGAGUUGAGAGAGAGAUAAGAAAGUAUAUUUUUGAUAAUGUAGUAAGUACUAAAUUACAUAAUUUCACUUUUGGAGAACAGGGUAUAAUGUAGAGUGCAAUAAACUUUGUGCCUUCAAUUUA